AUCAAACUGGUAAAAAUAACCUAACCUGUAAUUGUCAAGAUUUAUGAUAACAUAAAAAAUAAUAGAAAUAAAUCAAUGUCCAACAUUAAGUGAUAAAGAUUUGUGUAUAGUGUAUAUUCUUUUUAUUCUAGUUCUGUCUUCUUAAAUUUGUCGUUAGUGCAUUCUAGAAAAAAUCAAAAUGUUAUCGAUCAAGAGAUUACCGACACUAUCCACUGCUAAGAUUCAAUCAAAGUUUCAUUUAGACUUUCGAAAAGUAAUACUCGAGAAGCAAAGUACGAAGAACUUCCACGACAAUCUAAUUCAUUUGUGUAAAUCUGUAACAGCUUUGCGCCAGAUAAAUAGUAAAUCUAUACAUCCACAGCAAAAGCAACUACAUGCAGAAAUUAAAGCUGCAUGCCAUUUACUGGAAAGAUCACAUAUACCUGGUUUGAGAACAUUGGCUCACAGUGCAAUAUGUGGUACUCGAAGGUUCCAUACAUCAUCUAACAAUUUCAACAAGGAUGAUGAUAAGCAGGAUAAAGACAAAAAGAAAAGUGAUGAAGAUAACAAUGUACCAUCUCUACUUGUGAAAGCUGCAUUUUGGAUGCUUACUACAAGUAUCCUUGUAAUACUUAGUUCUCUUUUGGUUCCUGGAGACAACACCCAAAAUGAGAUGGUGCGCUAUGUUUCUUGGAAUGAAUUCGUUUACUCAAUGCUUUCAAAAGGCGAAGUAGAGGAGCUCAUAGUUAGGCCAGAUAUUGAAGUGGUCACUAUCAUCCUACACGAGGGUGCAAUAAUCAAGGGGAAAAAGGCUACGCAUCGUGUAUACCACAUGAAUGUUGGAGAUAUUCACAGAUUCGAGGAGAAACUACGAGAAACUGAAAACAGUCUAGGUGUUAAAGAAGGUGUCCGAGUGAUCUAUGACAGGAAUGGAAGUGUAGCUGGCAAAAUAAUCGCUAGCAUACUUAUUGCUGCAGUUAUUUUGUCAUUUUUGUACUCUACAAGGACUAUGAAAAUGAACAUGAGCCUUGGUGGCUUUAAUCAGCUUGGUCGCGCGAAAUUCACAUUAGUGAACUCCAUGACUGGACAAGGCAAAGGGGUAAAGUUUGAAGAUGUAGCUGGCCUUAAGGAAGCAAAAGUAGAAAUUAUGGAGUUCGUGGACUACCUUAAGAGACCGGAGCACUAUAAAAGUUUGGGUGCCAAGGUACCAAAAGGAGCUCUAUUACUCGGCCCGCCCGGAUGCGGCAAGACGUUACUGGCGAAAGCUGUGGCCACAGAAGCUAAUGUACCUUUUCUGUCUAUGAAUGGUUCAGAAUUCAUUGAGAUGAUAGGGGGCCUAGGAGCUGCAAGAGUCAGAGACCUGUUCAAAGAGGCCGCGUCUCGUGCGCCUUGCAUAGUGUACAUAGACGAGAUGGACGCCGUAGGGCGCGCGCGCUCGUCGUCGGGCGCGUCCUUCGGGCCCGGCGGCGGCGAGGGCGAGCAGACGCUCAACCAGCUGCUGGUCGAGAUGGACGGCAUGAAGAGCCGCGAGGGGGUCGUCGUGCUCGCCUCCACUAACAGAGCUGAUGUGCUCGAUAAGGCUUUACUCCGCCCUGGCCGCUUCGACCGCCACAUCCUGAUUGACUUGCCAACAUUGAUAGAACGUGAAGAAAUAUUCGAGAGGCAUCUCAAGAGCAUCGUCCUGGAGGAUUUGCCGAGUCACUACGCCAAACGAUUAGCAUACCUAACGCCGGGUUUCAGCGGGGCGGACAUCGCCAACGUGUGCAACGAGGCGGCGCUGCACGCCGCGCGCCACAAGCAGAACAUCGUGCGCGCCGCCGACUUGGAAUACGCGGUCGAACGGGUUGUUGGUGGUACCGAGAAGAGGAAUCAUUCGAUGUCUCCGGGUGAAAAGAAAAUAGUGGCAUACCACGAGUCAGGGCACGCGCUGGUGGGGUGGCUGUUGGAGCACACUGACGCCUUGCUCAAGGUGACCAUCGUGCCUCGCACUAACAUGGCAUUGGGCUUUGCGCAGUACACCACCUCGGAUCAGAAGCUGUAUUCUAAGGAGGAGCUAUUUGAUCGGAUGUGCAUGGCGCUCGGAGGCCGAGCUGCGGAAGCCAUCACCUUCAACUCAAUCACAAGCGGAGCACAAAAUGAUCUCGAAAAAGUCACCAAGAUAGCUUAUGCUCAGGUUCGUGUUUACGGGAUGUCUUCAACAGUCGGUCUGGUGUCCUUCCCCGACCUCAAAGAGAGAGGCAAGAGCCCCUUUAGCAAAACGCUGAAGAAUCUUAUUGACCUGGAAGCGAGGAAACUGGUAGCCCAAGCGUAUUACAGGACUGAAGAGAUCCUCAGAACUAACCAGGAUAAACUGAAAGCCUUGGCCGAAUCGCUACUCGUCAAGGAGACGCUGAACUUCCAAGAGGUCCAAGCAAUACUGGGACCUCCACCUUUUAAGGGGAAAAAGUUUAUCGAGCCGGUCGAGUUUGAAACGAACCUAAGAAGUUUAGAAGCUGCAGCGACGGCCGAGGAGAGCUCAAACAUCGGAGCGCCGUCUGCCAAGCCGGAACCGGGUCCACAACAGCAUAAUACGCAGAAUUAGUUUUGAAAAGUGCUAGUCUGAUACGCAAUUAUAAAUGUAUUAUCUAUGCCUAUGCUUUCAUUCUUUUGAACUAUGAUGUUGAUGAUGAAAUGAUACAUUAUUGACUCUGCGCUCUUGCGAAAGUAACCUUCAGGUACAUUGACCCUCUGGCCAAGCUCGGAAAGCAUGCGCUAUUCUUAUGAAUCAUACUGUAUGACAUUAAUGCCUUUUUUUAUUUACUAUUUAAAAUGCCAUUUGUUGAUAGAUACUUUGAUUCUUAUAAUAAGUGUUAUGAGAUUUUGUCUGUAUUUGAGUGACCGGUUAAAUACUUACCUACAUAUCAUCGUCCAGUGGGGCUAUUUGACUCGAGUAUUUUAUGUCAUUCAUUGUCCAACGCUUACUAUGGUAUUGAAUGUUUUUGGUUAGAUAUCAUACAUCCUCACUUGAAGGUAAAAGUUAUUACGUUAGAGAGAGGAUGUAUUUUAUCUAACGUAAUUACGUGUUGAAUAUGUUAUUAUUACUGAAUAACACAGGAGUUCAUCAUAAUACAUGUCUGCAGAAGGAAUUUACGCAACUUAGCCAACUGUUCCCACAUGACGAUAUUUUUUAUCAUCGCACGUAACGGCUGGCCUAGUUGUGAAACGAUAUAAAUGUCCAUUUCAUUUAAGGAAACUUGUUUAUUCACAGUAAAGAGGGUAAGACACACAGGGCAAACACCGAUCCUUUGACAUUGUUUUAGAUAGCUUAAGUAUAUCAAGAAAUUACAAGGUAGUACCGAAAGAUACAGAAGACUACACAUUAAAUUGUGUAGGUACAAUUGAGUAAUUAUUAACUAUAAAACCUUAUGUUAACACAGGGUUACCUGAAUAUUAAUAUCAAAUAAAUCGCAGUCUUCAAAAUGUAAUUAAACAUUAAUAAGUCGUAAUUGGACACCUAUUCCCAUAUUUCACACUGGAUUAACAUACAUUAAUUAAAAUAUAAAUUCGAAGGUCAAGUUCAGUACAGCUACCUUCCUCGAGUUUUAUGGCCGUAAGCUCGAGUAUAAAAUAGGUAAGUAAAGUCGGGCAUUCUUGGCUAAUACUACGUUUUUUUAGAAUUUGAAAGAACGUUACAAUUAAUAUAAUCUGAAUUCUGUACUAAGUACAUUUUACUUCAAAAUUAUAACCGCGUAACUAAUUUAGAACCUCUUGGUUACAUCUGCGGAGUAAUUUUUAAUGCGAUAAAACCGCUAGCCGACUGAAAAUAAUAAGUUAAUUGUAAAAUAAAAUAAAAACAAGGAUGUAAAGAAAUAUUUAUUUACAAAAAUAAUUAAGUACCACAUCAUAGUUGUUGCAAUUUUAAAGACUACAUUGAAUGUUAGUCACAUAAUUAAUUAUCACCACGGGGAGGAGUAAACCUAUAAAACAUAAUAUAUAGUUGAAUCAUCGAGAGCGUGGAAUUGCAUAUGUAGUAGUAUUGUUUGUUUACAGGCAUUCUAUAUUCGAAUUUUCUAUUUUCUUGUACUAUCAGCAUACAAAGAGGUUGUUAUAUAUAUAUCGAAGAACUAAAAACAAAAAUAAUGUCAGUGUGAAAUUGUCAAUAUUAUUUACGUUGUGCGUAUAUUUUUAACUCUGAUUUGAUUGUAUUCUCAAUUAAUUAUUGUGUCCGCCCGUACGACUACGAAUAAUUUUUAUAUUUAAAAAAAAUAUGGCUGUAAGUAAUUUUGGUCCUAUUGAGAGUCAAAGUAAGCAAAUAAUUUUUAACUGUUAUAAAUAUUUUGAACUUGAACUGACGAAAAAUUUAAACUUGCCUUACACCGCUGCCCAGUUAGUUGAAAAAGCUACAGGUGUUUGUCUCUCUUCUGUUUAUAACAUUGUGACUGAGAGCAACAGCGAGAAAUUCGCAACAACAAAGAAAUUCACCUCCCCGAAGAAUAAAAAGUUGCGUCCUUGUCCGUCAUCAGCAGUAGACGAUUUUGAUCAGGAAGUCAUCCGGAGAACUAUAUACAAUUUUCAUCUGUCCCAUAAGCAAUUUCCAACCUUAAAGGGACUCCACUCUGUGUUAAAAUCCGAUAUAGAUUACAAAUUUGGCAUUUCGACCUUACGAAAACAAAUACAAAAAUUAGGAUUUAAAUGGCAAAAGACCGAGGACAACCAAAAAUAUUAAUGGAAAAACAAAACAUACGACUGCUAAGAAUAAAUUACCUUACCAAAAUUGCGGAAUAUCGAUCUCAAGAUAGACCACUAGUUUAUACUGAUGAAACCUACAUCCACACUUCACAUGUGUCCGGAGAAGCUUGGACCGAUGGAACAGAAUUUGGUGUAAAAAAACAAAUCAGUACAGGCCAGUGGUUAAUAAUAGUGCACGCAGGAGGAAAAGAUGGUUUUAUUCCCAACGAUUUGUUAAUGUUUAAGGCAAACCAAAAAACGGGAGAUUACCAUGACCAGAUGAACUUUGUCAACUACGAAAAAUGGUUAAAAGAAAAAUUAAUACCGAACCUCACCGAAUAGCGUACUUAUCGUGGAUAAUGCGUCCUAUCACAACAAACUUUUGAAUCGUGCUCCAACGUCAAAUUCUAAUAAACAAGAAAUGAUGGAUUGGUUGACAGAACACAACAUUUCGUAUAACUGGUUGAUGUACAAAACCAGUUUGUAUGAAUUAAUUAAACAAAAUAAAGAGCGGUUUCGCGAGUACCACAUAGAUGCAAUUUUAAAAGAACAUGGCCACUCCGUAUUACGAUUGCCACCGUAUCACCCGACAUUCAAUCCGAUCGAAAAUAUUUGGUCCAUGGUAAAAGGAUAUGUAGCAAAAAGAAACGUUUCAUUAAACAUGCAAGGCAUUAUGAGUUUAGCAACUGAACGAAUGAAUACCAUCACUGCUGAGGACUGGGAAAAUAUUUGUCACCACGUCGAAAGUGAUGAAAAUAAAUAUCGAUGUCAGGAAGGAGAAAUGGAUCAAAUAACAGACAAUUUUAUUAUCAAUACUUGUGACAGCUCAGAUGAAGAACAUGAUAGCGAAUAAAAGAAAAAAACAGAGGACUACUACUUAUUCCACUUCUUGGGUAUGUCAUUUUAUUAAGUUAAGAGAAAAUUAUUCUCCUUUUGUUGCAAACGGUACAACCACUACAAAUGCAAUUCCAUCUUCUCGAUAAUUCAACUAUACCUACAAAAAAUAAUAUGAUAGAUAUGCAACGAGAUGAUCUGUUUAUUUCAUUCGAACAGGAUUCAUGUCAACAGAUUUUUCAAUUAAGGGUGUAAUCUUUUUUCCAACACGUAGUAUGAUUUUUACAUUCGUAAAAGCUUGACUGCUGUAUAUUUUAAGGUGUAUUUUUUUAUUGUUAUAAUUUAUUAGCUGUAGGAUUUAUAUAAGUAUAUAAAAUAGUUUUCCUUUAAAAGUUUAACAAAAGAUAACAAAAAAAAAUUGAAAAUAUGAAACAAUUUGGAACAUAGGUAUAGUAAUUAGACUAAAAUGCCUCUCUUGGCUUACUCCGCUUAUCGUUUUCAAUCAUAAGGACAUAGCGACCACAAAUAUGGGUAAGUACGGUAUAGAAUUAGUAAUUAAGAAGAAGAUAUAGUUAGAAGAGUCAACAUUUCUACCGUAUCUAAUAAGAUACAGAUACUUUGUAUAGUAGAGAUCCGAGGGCGAUCAAACGCAGCAGAUAAUUCGAUUUCAAUUAUUGUGAUAAAUAUGUUUAUUUACAUUUCGCUAAAUAUCUUUAAAAAAAAUCUUUAUUUUCAAUGGAGAGGUAAGUUGUACAAUCAGUCUCGGUUACGAUCUCUAUAUUUGGAGAUUAUGGUGCUCCGAGGUAUUUGUGGCCGCUGUGCACCUACAGAGCUAUCGAUAACAGUUGCAUCUGUAAAAUAUUAUAUAAUAACAAAAUUGAACAUUUUCCAGUUAACAAUAUUGAUUUAUUUGAUACCUCCUAUUUUUGGUAAUAACGCAGAUAUAUUCCGUGCCGUACUAAGAGACAUCCGGAUAAGCAUAACGUUAUUAGGAUGAUGUUAGUGUUAUUAAUUAUACAGUCAUGUUAUAAUUACCUGUGUUAUACAGGCUGCUUUUAUAUGAAUGUAAAAAUCCGUGCAAACCAGAUGUCUGUCAGUAGGGCGAUACAGCACAACGACUUGACGUGGUGCGCUAAACAAAUACUUAAAACAAAAAAAAUACAAUCGUUAAUUUCAUUAAUAAAUAAAAUUAGUCACGUAACCGUUAUUUAUCAAUCUUAUCAAUGUAUUUUCCCUUAACACUUAGUGUACUUUGAAAGUAGUCGAAUUUCUGUUGACUAGGAAUUAUGUAGGAAUUAUUUUUUAUAUAAGUAAAGAUUUUGCCUUUUCAUUUUCUGUUUUGCUACAUGACACGACACUUAUAUAUUUUAAAUGUGUAGGAUUAUUCGUCUAUUACUGGCCACCUUCCAAUAACUGGACACUUUAUACUAAAAUGGCUAAAAUAAUCAUUAUAUUUAUUCACAUGAUUCAAGUAAACCCAAUAGGUAACAUUAAUCAUGGAAAUUGACUUGAAUUGUGUGAAUAUUAAACAGAAUCUUUUUUAGUAGGUACCUAUAUAAGGUUUCCAUUUAUUGAAAGAUAGCCAGUAAUAGACGAUUUACCCUAUACUGGACAGCGCUGAAAUCUUACAGAUGACAAUCUGACAUGAGUGCUAUAGUUGAGUGUAUAAAGUGUAAAAAAAUCGUGAUAUUUGGCUAUCAGCAUAGCAACAUACCGAACAGUAUUUUGUCAUGGCACGUCACUUGAACAUCUCUAAUUAAGGAUAACGUAAGAUAAAUGUAAUUUGAAACAAGAUUUGAUUGAACAAUUCUACCCGUUCUGGAUAUUGAGAUUACAUACAUAAUUAUAAUUAUUGAAGUUAACUAUUACGCAACUGGACUGCGCUCCAGAACUCGAAGUGGGGUGUCAAAACCGAAAAGUGAGACAGGUCGGGGUAUAAUCGGCUAAGCAAUUGACACGGUCGAACAUAAGGUACAAACAAACCCACAAUUCUGACGGUUAAAAUCAUAACCGUUCCCGUACAUAUUUGGGUAAAAUAAUUUUUAAGAAAAAAAAACCGACUUCUAUGGGGCCCGGUGAAAGAUUAUGGUAGAUGGUGCACUAUGUAGAAAAGGAGGUAAAACGAGUACUUUCUAGUAGCAUUUCGUUUCCGUAAGGGUCGUAGUUCUAGCCUAACCUAACCCACUUCUCUGAUAGCAGUUCGGUUCUGUGAGGAUCGCAGUUCGAACCUAAUCAAACCCACUUUUCUAGUAGCAUUUCGUUUCUGUAAGACUCGCAGUUCUAACCAAACCUAACCCACUUUGUUCGGUUCUGUGAGGAUCGCAGUUCAAACCUAACCUAACCCACUUAACGGCGCAUGCGGUGCGGUGUACGGGAGUUUGAGCGGGAGGGGUUUGGCAUCAUCAUACCCACAUUUUAUGGUAGGUAAUCAUAGUGGUUUAUUUAGUUUAGGUAUCAUAGUGGUUUUCCGGGUCAAGGUCCGGGUCUCUGAGUCAGAGUCCGGGUCCGAGUCCCGG